AUGACAAAACGAUCUCUGUACGAUAAACCAAAGCUCAACGGCUUCCGGCAUGUCCUUCUUACGGGUUAUGUUUAUGAUAUCUUUAUGUCCUAUCAUUCAACUCUCCAUUCCUAUGAACAUCAUCCCGAAGAUCCUCGACGUUUAUUGUAUAUAUAUCAUGAAAUGAUGAAUGAUCAUCUACUACAACAAUGUGAACGAAUUCCGAUACAAAAAGCUACUGAUGAUGAUAUACUUGCGGUUCACAGUAGUCGGCUUUUACAAACAUUGAAAGCUACAAAAGAAAUGACACGAAAGGAAUUAUUGGAAAUGGAGGAAGCGAAUGACUCGAUUUAUGUAAAUGGUCAUAGUUAUGAAGCCUGUCUAUAUGCUGCUGGAGGUGUUAUCGAAAUAUGCAAAGCUGUUCUGAAAAAUCAAGUUAAGAAUGGAUUUGCUAUUGUACGACCACCUGGUCAUCAUGCUGAACCAGAUGAAUCCAUGGGAUUUUGCUUUAUCAACAAUGUUGCUAUCGCUACGAAAUACUGUUUACAACACCUAGGAUCAAAAAGGAUCAUGAUUGUGGAUUGGGAUGUCCAUUUCGGUAACGGAACAUAUGAAAUCUUUGCCAACGAUCCAAACGUUCUAUAUUUAUCAUUACAUCGUUAUGAGGAUGGUGAUUUUUAUCCUUGUGAUGAUAAUGGUGCUAUCAACAAUGUUGGCAAUGAUCCAGCAAAAGGAAGAUCUGUGAAUAUAGGAUGGUCUCGUAGUGGUAUGAUGGAUGCUGAUUACUUGUAUGCUUUUCAUCAAAUAGUUCUGCCUAUUGGGUACGAAUUUGAUCCUGAUUUAGUGAUUGUAUCGGCUGGAUUCGAUGCUGCUGAUGGAGAUCAUAUCGGAUUAUGCAAUUUGACACCGGCUGCUUAUAGCAACAUGACGCAUCUGUUGAAAUCGUUGGCUAAUGGACGAUUAGUGAUGGCUUUAGAGGGUGGAUAUAACUUGUCAGCUACUUCCGUUGCUGCUGCUGCUUGUAUGUCUGUACUUAUUGGUGAACCUCCUCUUCCAUUGUCAACCAUUGGUGUUCCUUCGGAUGAUGCCAUUGAAACUAUCAAGAAGGUUAAACUAGCUCAUCAAAAUUAUUGGCAAUGUCUUGUAUGA